GUGAAGAGUGAAGGGUGAAGGCAGAGAAGCAGAAAAAGGAUGAGUUUAAAACACCAUAAAUCCAACUCUGCAGCUGCUCAAUCUCUCUCCUUUGAUGACGUUGCCGAUUUCUUCUCUCUUCCUCUUGACGACGCCGCUUCCACUCUUGGCGUUUCCGCCUCCGUUCUCAAGAAAACCUGUCGUGAAAAUGGUCUCGACAGGUGGCCUCAUCGCAAGUUUUUAUCUGGGAAGAGCAUUGAAGAAAUUAAGAGGCAUGCAGCUAGAGAAAGAAGAAAGGAAAUCGCUGAGCUUUCAAAGGUUCAUUGGCAAAGCUCUCAGUCUCAACCACAAAACAAUGAACAACCCAAAUUACAACGUAGCGCUGCAGUGCUGAACGUAAAGCAACAAGGAGCAAAAAGCAUGCAAACAGCACAGGCCCUGAAUUUUAGCCAUCACAGCUUGAUGAUAGGAACAAAAAUGUCGGAUGAAUUUAAGUUUGGAUUCCCAUCAGAUGGCUUAUCAAUUGCUACAAACAAAUGGUGGGGAAGUAGCAAGUCUGAUGGCCAUGAAGCCGUAGAUGUUGAUGGAGCUGAAACCGAGGGAGAAGACAAGCAUCAAAGUAUAGAAGAACCUGAUGAUAUGGCCAACGACAAACCCGAUGAAAAUGGAAAAUUACAGGACAAUGUUAGUCCUCAAGGGUCAGCUCUGCUGGCAGCUGUUAGAAAGAGAGCUUUGGAAGAAGGGCAAGAAGCACUUAAACUUGGUAUCCAGAGUGGCCGUGGAAUGAAAAAGCCAAGUAGCAGAAAGGCAUCGCUGCUACUUCGAUUAUUCAAAUCUUCAUCACCGAGUGAGUGGUUUCAUGGCCCUUCCUAAUUUUAUAAAGAACGAGAAGAUCCAGAUAUAAAUGAUGACGAGUGCAAAGGUAAGACCGAAGAACCAGAAACUGACAUCAUUGGCUUUCAUUUAUUUCCGUUUAAUAUAUGUUGAACAACGGUUCAUAACUGUUAGAGGUGGCUUCUGCAGCAUUACCAUGUAUGUUGUAAUUCAGACACAAACUUAGCUAGUGAUUGAUUCAAUACUUUAGCUAUCCUGGGAUGCAUAUAAACAUUACUAGAAUCGAGUUUGUUCAAGAUCGAAGGUUCAGUCCGCAGCACCAAUAAGU